CAACCAAAACUCUUCCUCCUGGAAACAGAAAUAUUGUGUCAGAAAAUCUUCCUAAAAUGAGAAUGUACCAUACUGCCAGACGCUGCAGGCGUUGACAUUUCUAUGGGAGAAUCCAUGUAAGUGACAGGGGGCAACCUUUGGCAAUGGGACAAGCCACACGGCCGGCCUGUAGCGGCACCGCUCAGCCCCACUAGGAAGCCCAUUGCUGUUGCAGGAGUGAGGAGGAAGCAUGUCAUGUGUGAUCCCGCCCCGUUCCCAGCAAUAACAAGCAGUGUGGGAGUGAGGGAGCCGCUGGGAUCUAUGAGGUAACCCUGCAGCCCGCCGCUCAUAGCCCAUUCAUAGUCUCGCACGGGCCGCUAUGGCCACGGCCGCCAGCAGCAACCAGAGCAGCGGCAGCAAUGGGAUAAUGAUUGCAGGAUCCAUGAAGUCCCCGGGUGCCCACAGUGUGGAACACGGCAGAAGGUAUCAGUCUUCGGACCUUCGCAGGAGGCAGGCUGCUCUCUCAUUCCUCAAUAACAUUUCUCUGGACGGACGCCCCCUACAGGUGAAUACGUGCGCGGCAAGCAAGAUUUUGCAGGGUCAGCAGCCGCCGCCACCUGACAGUCCUGCACUUUAUGCGGUAUCGCCUGCGACCCCUCUGCUCCAGCAGCAUCAGCAUGUGGCUUCCCCGCUCAGCCGGAGCAGCCGGGCCUCUCCCCCGCAUCUGGUGGCAAUGGAGGAGAGCACUGAGGAAGAGCUGCACUUACAAGGGGAAGGAUUCGGAGUGAGCAUUCCUAUCGCUGUUCCCGCUGUAUGCGCCGUGUCCUUCCCCCCUCUGUGCUCGGGCACCCGGGGCAGACUCAACUCAUUCACCUAUGGCAGCAUUCUACCGGCUGCUUUCUCUAGGAGCGGCUUCUGCAGCCCGGAGCAAGGUGCCUCUGACAACUCCAGGGCACGGCGCCGCUUGAUCUCCCAGCGAUCUUCUCUAGAAACACUUGAAGACAUAGAAGAAAAUGCUCCAUUAAGGAGAUGUCGGACUCUGUCCGGUUCACCCAGACCAAAGAACUUCAAGAAGGUUCAUUUUAUAAAGAGUAUGAGGCAGCAUGACACCAAGAAUGGCAGGAUAGUCCUUAUAAGUGGAAGGAGGUCAUUCUGUGGUAUAUUUUCAGUGCUGCCAUAUCGAGACUGCGCCCAUGUUGGGGAACUAAAACUGGAAGGCACAAGGCAGCGACAUUCCUCAGGGGGAAUGGGAACCAGAGAGAUGAUUCUUGGCCUCGAGGGAGUAGAACUUGGUGCUGAUGGGAAGACUGUAUCAUAUACACAGUUUCUGUACCCAACCAAUGCCUUGGGAGCCCGGAGAAACACUAUAGAUUCUACAUGCUCCUUCUCUCAGUUUCGGAACACGAGUCACCGCAACUUGACCCUGGGCAGAGCCAACAGUAUUCAAGGCAGCAUUGAUACAGGAAGUGACAUAGGAGAGUUUAUUGAAUAUGAUCCUAACCUUCUGGAUGAUCCACAGUGGCCAUGUGGCAAGCACAAACGGGUUCUAAUCUUCCCUUCCUAUAUGACCACUGUCAUAGAGUACGUGAAACCUUCAGACCUCAAAAAGGACAUGAAUGAAACUUUCAAGGAGAAAUUUCCUCACAUCAAGCUGACACUCAGCAAAAUAAGAAGCCUAAAACGGGACAUUCACAAACUAGCGCAGGAUGAGUGCGGGUAUGAGGAACCCACAGUCGCCAUGGCCUUUGUGUAUUUUGAAAAACUUGCUUUAAAGGGUAAACUAAACAAACAGAACAGGAAGCUUUGCGCUGGUGCCUGCAUCCUAUUAGCAGCCAAGAUUGGCAGUGACCUCCGAAAACAUGAAGUGAAACACCUAAUUGACAAGCUGGAGGAGAAAUUCCGGCUGAACAGGCGAGAGCUGAUGGCCUUUGAGUUCCCUGUCCUGGUUGCCUUGGAGUUUGCUCUUCACCUGCCAGAGCAUGAAGUGAUGCCUCAUUAUCGGCGCCUGCUGCAGAGUUCCUAGCACAGGGGGUUCCUUUGGUGGGUGCCAUUGACUGACAGAGAUGGACAUACAGCCACUACAGCACAUGCAAACAUAAGUGUUAAGACCACUUCUCCUUAUUGGCAUUUGUACUUUCCAUAUCAGCAACACUAUGACUAAUAAUUGUCCGAAGCAGGCGCCGUCUAUGUGGACGGCAAGUAGCAAAGAAUGCCUCUAACAUCUCAAGUGGUCUGUUUUGCUAUGGAAUUCACAAGUGGACUUCUCUAUCUUUCCUAUCUGAUGCUGAACAUUCAUGUCAGAUGCCACCUUCACUGUGUCAAAAAGAUUGUGCCAAUCAAUUUCCUUUCUGCCGACAGAGGAAAGAAAUGCACUUGUUUUUAUUGUUUGUGGUCUGUGACACUGAAUCCUUCUUGACCUUUUUUUUUUUAUUUGUUCCCCCAAAGCUUUGUGUUUGGGAGUGAGAAAUGUCUCCCCCAUGUUUGUGUCUUCAUCCUCUGAAUACGGAAAGUGAAGAGAUGGAUCUUUUGGUUCUUUAUUUUCUUGGCGCAUUGACACUAAACAUGGACCAGUAGAACUUUUCAUUUCAUUCCAGAAAUAUUCCAGCUUUAGCCUGAAACCUUGUUUUUCCUUUAUGUUUAGUCAUUGGUCAUAGAGUCAAGUCACGCCCAAGUAUUGCACUUUUCCUUUGCGGAGGAGAUGCCAGUAGUCGCACUCUUUGGUGUCAUGUUUUGGUGCUCUAUGUUAGAGUGCAUACCAGGCACGAUUUACCGUGCUACAUGUUAGCCAGUGUUUGGAGAGAUGUAAGCAGGGAUGAUUCCCAGGAGCACUGCUAUGUCAGUGUAUCAGAAAUGAUCCUUCUAUGCAAAGAAUAAAGAGUCUGGCGCCUGGAAGCAGAGAGACAACCGCACUACAUUAAAGAGAACAUAUUCCUUUGUGGCAGAAGAUGCACUACAUAAAUGACUAAGUCUCUUCUCCUGUUUACACUUGCAUAGCUCAGAUAUACGGGGACCCGGGUUCCACUCUAUUUUUGUAAGAUAAAACGAUGGCUUUGCCAGUGUGUGAUUCUAUAAUGCCUAGAGAGCAAGGGGAAGGUUAGGGAUCCAGGCUUAGAGGUCUCUCACAGAUGCCUUCAUUACAAAACAAGAUUGUAUGUCCUUCACUUAUCAGUGUUGCCAGUGGAUUCAAAGAUUUAAAAUAUUUUAAAGUUUUAUGUUCAGGGGCCACUUAGCACACCAACAGUAUACAUUUUUACUAUGAAAUAUAUUGUUCUCUUUAACUGUAAAGUAUAAAGGUGCAAAGAAUGUCCUCCUUCCCUUCUCUGUAUGUUUAAAUUAGAAUUGGAGCUGCCAUACUGUAUGCCAUGGCAGCUCAAUAGUUAACUGCUAGCAGUUAUAAAAGAAAUGCUUUCUGGAGAGUCUUCAGAAUGACCUGAGUUAAGGCAAGCCAUAUGGCAGGUCCUUUUCUUACGUAUAAAUGCAAAGAUGUGCACAGAAAUACGUAGCUAUUCCAUCAUACUUUACUGUCUGUUUACCAAAAAUAUAUGAGCAAAUUUCCAAAUAAUCAACAGGGCAUAUGUCCCCCAGUCUCUCUCUAUUCAAACAUGUACUAAUCAAAUACAGACCAUGCUUUGCUUGCUGUCCAUCUUGCAAAUCUGUCCGGCUCCCAGUGGGCUCAGCUAGAUCCCCUGUCCAUGCAGCAGGUAAAGUAUAUGUUUAAGUGGCCACACGGAAGAACAGGUAAGUACAUUUGGGUUAUGUGUUCCCAACAUAUCUGAUCCUCCAAAAUGGAAAAUCUGUUUGGAUAAAGACCCCCAUGAGUGCAUGUAUGGAGUCUUUGCUCACCAAUAAUACAAUAUGGAUCCAUAUUUCUAUUGUAAUUGGAUUAGUUGUCCCAUGAGCUGAUACUCAAAUCAGAGUAAAUCAGCCAUUCAUGAUUGUGGCCAUGCCCUACAACUGAUUGUUUUGCCGUGUGGGUGUGUGUGGCCAUCUUUAAUAUAAUGAAUCCUGUCUUCUAUUUGACCAGCACAGCAGUGUGGGUAUCAGUAACAUCAUGCCCCAUUGUGGCAGCCGGCUGACUGAUUUGGAAAACCCUACAUUUUAGUGAUUUAGGUUUUAAACAAUAUGAUCUUGAUGCAAGAUGUUAUAUUUUCAUGACCAAUCUUCACAUUAUCAUCUCAUUAUAAAGAUCAAUAAAAAUCAGUUUUUCUUAA